AUGCCAAGAAACUACAUUAAGAAAAAAGAAUCUCGAAGAAAAACAUAUGCACCUAAUUUGUUGCAAAAUGCCAUUUCGAAAGUUAAAAAUAAAGAAAUGACUUCGUAUGCUGCAUCAAAAGAAUAUGGUGUUCCAAGAAGUACAAUUGCAAGACAUCUUCUAGGCAUAAAAUGCUCAAAAGUUGGUGAAGGGCGACCAAACCGAUUAUCUGCUGAUGCUGAAAAAGAUCUUGUUUCACUUUUAUCUGCAUUUUCUGAUUUUGGAUUUGGAUUAGAUAAAAAACAAUUUAUGAAACUUGUUCAAACGUAUAUUGAAUUAAACGGAUUUCAGAAAAAAUUUGUUAAUGGUGUUGCUGGUGAUCAGUGGUUUUGUAAUUUUUUAAAUCGUUGGCAGAAAGAAAUAUCUAUAAGAACUCCAGAGCUUUUGACAUUAACAAGAGCCUUAGCUUGUAAUAAAACUGUAAUUGAUGCUUGGUUUUUAUUACUUAAAGCAACAUUGGAAAAAUGUGACAUUAUGAAUAGACCUGCCCAAAUACUAAACUGCGAUGAAAGUGGGUUUUGCACUAACCCAAUAAAUAAAAAAAUUAUUUGCAAAAGAGGUAUUAAAAACCCUGUAUCUAUUGCUCCUGGAUCAGGAAAAGAACAGUUUACUGUACUAGCAACAAUAUCAGCUGCAGGAAGAAAUUUUCCUCCAUUUAUUUUAUUUGCUGGGAAGAAUUUGUAUAAAGAGUGGAUGACUGGUGGACCAAAUGGUUCCUUAUAUGGGGUGACAAAAAACGGUUGGAUGGAAACAGAAGUUUUCACUGAAUACUUUAACCAUCUUGUUUUAUGGUUGAAAGACACACCCAAGCCUGUUUUGCUUAUCUUUGAUGGUCACAUUAGUCAUAUUUCUUUAGAAACUGUUAAAAAAGCAGUUGAAAAUCAUAUAACUAUUUUGUGUUUGCCAGCACACUGUUCGCAUUUGCUUCAGCCACUUGAUGUAGGAGUCUUUCGCCAAGUUAAACAUGUAUGGCGUGAAAUUCUGGCCAAUUGGUAUACCGAGUCAAGGCUGAAGGUGGUUGGGAAAUCUGUUUUUCCAUCUUUAUUAAAAAAACUUUAUGAUACCUCCUUUAAGCCAGCUCAUUUAGUACAAUCCUUUGCCAAAACUGGAAUUUUUCCCUUUGAUCCAUCUGCUAUAGCAUCUGACAAGUUAAAUCCUUCUGAAAUCUAUGAACACCCUUUUUCUCAGAAAACAAAUAACUAUAAUAAUAACGUCCCUCAAAACAUCGUUUUAGACACCAAUGUCAAUGAUCAGAACGAUACUUAUUGUUCUACUGGAAAUAAAAUCAUUAGAGAAAUAGUGAAAGAACAGUUAAUGGCCACAAAGGGUGAUGGUCGUUCAUACAACAAACGACCUACAAAAAAAAUAAAAAGACACUAUGGAGCUUGUGGUGGGAGAGAAUUUCCGAAAUUUAAUAAACUUGCUCUCCCGUGUAUUAAAGACUUAAGAGAGAGCUCCGAACAAAAAAAUGCAUCUUCCGAAUAUACCCCGAUUGGCAAAGGUAAUUUAUUUGAUAUAGAAUAA